AUGUCAGGGUUAUAUCAACUAUCCAGGACGUCAAAUCUUCUUUCAACAAAGAUACGUUUACGACCUAAAUCACAACGUGUUUCUUCUGGUUGCACCACUUCUAAAUAUAACACCCAAUGGGCAAGCUACGUAGCCGGUGCUGCCAUGCAUUUAAAUUUAGCAUUCCAAGGCCGAGCCGACCAAGUCACCAAACGGUUCGUAUAUAAGCUGCCGUGGCUCGAAUCAGUCAAGGACAGCAUUCUAUACACUAAUCUGCAACGUCGUUGUAUGUUAUUUGCCAUCCCCCUAGAAGUACCUACUAAUAACAUGGUCAAAUUACCCGAGACCUUUGCCGCGAUCCCGCGCCAGGAGUUCCUCCUGGGCCCAUCGCCCAUUCACCUUCUGCCGCGGAUGACAGCAGAUCUCGGUGGCCAGGUCAAGAUAUAUGCGAAACGAGACGAUGUCAGUUCCGGCCUAGCGUACGGCGGCAACAAGACUCGCAAGCUAGAGUACCUGGCCGCCGACGCUGUUGACCAGGGAUGCGAUACUCUCGUCAGCAUCGGCGGCAUCCAAAGCAACCAUACCCGCCAAGUUGCUGCCGUUGCCGCCCGGAUGGGCCUCAAGUGCGGUCUAGUGCAGGAGAAAUGGGUCGAAUGGGCUGACCCGGGCUACGAGAAGGUCGGCAACAUCCAGCUUUCCUACCUCAUGGGUGCAGACGUGCGGAUCGAAAAGAUGACCUCAUUUGGCAUCGAGCACAAGGAUACCCUGAGGGCCUUGACGAAGGAAUAUGAAGCCAAGGGCCAGAAACCCUACUACAUACCCGCGGGUGCAUCGGAUCAUCCGCUCGGAGGGCUAGGUUUCGCUCGCUGGGCGUUCGAGGUACGCGAGCAAGAGCAAGAACAGGGCGUGACGUUCGACUAUAUAUUUGUGUGCGCAGUGACGGGGUCUACGAUGGCCGGCAUCGUGGCGGGCUUCAAGUUGAUCGAGAAGCUUUAUCCCGAUGAGCCCAGGAAGAAGAUCAUUGGGAUUGACGGAUCUGCGACUCCGGAGAAGACUCGGGCCCAGGUGCUGCGGAUUGCCAGGGGCACUGCUGAGAAGAUCGGGUUAAAGGCGGAUGACAUCACGGAGGCAGAUGUAGUGCUUGAUGAGAGGUACCAUGCUGGGACGUACGGGGUCCCCGACAAGCAGACGUGGGAGGCGAUUGAGUAUGGGGCAAAGAUGGAUGCAUUCAUUACUGACCCGGUGUAUGAAGGGAAGAGCCUUGCUGGUUUGCUGGGGUAUGUGAGAAAUGGCGAGAUCAAGACUGGGAAUAUCCUGUAUGCCCAUCUGGGCGGCCAGCUGGCUCUCAAUGCGUAUUCGCAGCUGGGCCAUGUUGAGUAA